AUGGAGAACACGGACCCUGCGUUCUUACUACCCCACAUUCAGACCCGGGGCGGCCCGCAGAACGCGCUCUACAGGUUCCGCGGGGUGCGCCAGCGCACGUGGGGGCGGUGGGUGGCGGAGAUCCGCGACCCCGAGCGCAAGGUGCGCCAGUGGCUGGGCUCCUUCGCGACAGCGGAGGAGGCCGCGCGCGCGUACGACGAGGCGGCGCUGAAGCUGUACGGAUCCGACGCGCACCUCAACUUCCCCCCGCCGCGGGAAAGCGAUCCCGCAAUUGGCGGCGCGCAGCGUCGCGCGGCGGAACCGGAUCUGGACGUAGCACGGGAGAACUUCGACCGAGAAAUGAUCAAGGCUCGCCUUUCAGGCUUGAACGGCUUGGCUGACGGUUUCGGAAGCGUCACCGUGACUGGGUUGACAGGGUUGACUGGAUUGACUUCAGCAGGCUUGAACAGGCUCCGGAACCACGGGGCGUCACCUGAUGCUCUCAGCGACCCCAUGUCGGAGGGCACAUGGCGUCAGUUAUCACCAGGAGCGCAGGCAGCGCUAGCAGGCAUCGGCCCGGGCAGUCUAGUUGGCGUUGGCGCUGCUAGUGGUGGUGGUGCCCCCGGCCUCCUUGGAGGCGCUGGGGUUACUUCUGAGGGCGGUGUAUCCAAACCGGCGGUCCACGGAGUGGCGGGUCACCUGGAUGGAGUCCAUGCUCUCGGGACGAUGAUGGCCAUGGCUCCUCGCUCUGCCAGCGUGCCGAGCGGCAGCGCAACAAGCUUCACCGGCGAGCCUGCGAGCCCCGACCGAGUCGGCGUGGAGCUCCCUUUAGAGAAGGCCCACAGCCUCGACGCGCUCCCCUCGUUUCAAGCACAGUCUCCCAGCGUGGGAUUCCAACGGGCGGUCACGGAUCGCAGCGCGAGACUGGCCGGGGGUGAUUCGCAGCAGGAGGAGGUGAAGUGGCAGCGGUACCAGCGGAAGCGGAGGGCCGUGGCGGAGGAGCAGAGGGAGAUGCGCGAGCUGGAGGAUCUGCUGGAUAAGUACAAGCGGCGGCAGCAGGUGCGGCAGUUGCUGUCGGAGGCAGAUAUUGUGCACCAGCGAGAGAUGCUGCUGCCGGGCCCACAGGAGGGGAUACCCUCUGUGCUGCAGCAGCCACAGCAGACGCAGCAGCAGCAACGACAACUGCUGCUGCAGCCGCGGCUGCAGCAGGCACCUCAGCCUGGUUUUGGGGCUGCUGGAGAAGGUGCAACUAUCAGAAGUGCUGCUAGCGUGAGCCGUGUUGGUAGAUCGAGAAGUGCUGGUCUUCCAGGGAGCGCCGACGAGCUCCUAGCACAGGGUCUGGUGAGCAGCAAAGACAUCGCCAGGUUUAUCCUGGACCAGACGCUGUCAUCAGGAGGGGUAGUGACAGACGCUGGCCCUUCCACUGCCCCGCACGCAGUUCGUGGAGCAGCACCAAUGUUGCACACUGACCGAGCCAGUGUGCCGAAUGGGUCUCCUCUCGUGUCACAGCAGUUGAGAGAUGUGCACGGGCUGCUGCAAGUGACAGACUGCCACCUGGCAUCGGCACUUGCCACUACGGGCAUAAGUAGCAGAGGCCAUAACGAUGUUCAUGGCCAUGGGUUUGGAACGGGUGCUGGAGCACCAGGGGGGAGUGCAGCUGCAGGCACUGUAGCGCAUCAACCACAGGGCUCUCACAUCCCAGGGCCUCCAGGACUAAAUGCUGCUCCACGCGUGCAUCAUCUACAGGGGGGCUCUUCUUCUUCCUUAAUGGGUGAUGCCAUGGUUGGGGUACGUAACAUGGCUAGUGGUCCACUAUACAUGGGACAAAGGGAUGGAAACAAUAUGAUGGACAUUCCAAUAGAUGGUGUAGGUAUUGUUGGGAUCUCUCCCGAGAUGGAGGACAUUUCGGGUCUCAUUGGUGAAGAGGCUGCGCAGAUUUUACUCCAGGAGCUCCUGUGCAAAGGAGAUAUUGCAGAUCGAGCGGACGGCGCGAACGUGCACAACUGGCACUGGGCCGAAAAGGACUGCAUGGAAUGGUCGCGGCGGCGCUUGGGCGAGCUGAUUGGCGGGCUGACGGUUCUGGAAGGGGAAGGCGGAUGCUGGAUCCGCACGGGGGCUAUUGAGAAGGUGGACGGCGAGGCGUAUGUUAACAUUCGCAAAGGAAAGAUCAUUCCCGGCUACGAGCUUCACGUCCGCCUGGGCUGGGAGGGCGAGGUCAAGGACUCCGCCGACGCGCAGCCCGUCGCGUCCGUUAAAGGCUUCGUGGAGCUGCCUUAUAUCGCGGACGAGAACCACGACGAGGAUCCCGAGGUGAAGAUCGCCCUGGCCACGGAAUCCGCGGACGGCAAUGGCGGAGGGUCGGCAGCAGCCAAUCGGCUGCGAGAUGCCAUGCUGGCGCGAGGCAAGCCGCUUAUUCUGGAGAGAAUCCGCACGUUCGUUAAAGACAUCCAGGCGGGUGGACCGGCGAGAGACGAGUUAGAAAAGGCCAAGGCAGUGAAACCAGCAGCAACUGGAGCAGCAGCAGCAGCAGCACCAGCAGCAGCAGCAUUAGGAGCAGCAGCACCACCAGCAGCCACAGCAGCAGGGUCUGCAUCUGCUGCUGCUAAAGCCACUGCGAGCACAGCCGCAGCCAAAACGAGCAAGAAGGAAAGCGGCAGCAGCGGAACUGGGAAAAAGACGAUCGCCAUCACACAGAGGUUCCAUUGCCGGCCGUCAGAUCUGUACGAGACGCUGAUGGAUGAAAAGCGGUGGAUGGCUUUCACUCAGUCCAAGGCAAAGCUGUCGCGGGACGUUGGGGGUACCUUUUCGUUGUUUGAUGGGUCUGUGACAGGUGUCAACCAGCGAUUGGACGAGAACAAGCUGAUCAUGCAGAAGUGGCGGUUCAGCAGCUGGCCUGAUGGGGUUUACUCCACGGUGUGCAUAACCUUCGAGGAGCCUCAAGUCGGUGACACCAUUCUGCGGCUCACACAAACCAACGUGCCUGAAGAGGAUAGGUUUGGGAAUGCGACGGUGUUUGAAACAACCGAACGUGGCUGGAGAGAUCUCAUUUUUGCUAGGAUUCGUGCAGUUUUUGGUUAUGGGGCAUAG